AUGAGGCAGGAAUACAAGACCCGUCGGGAGCAACUGGAAGAAAACUACCAACACCGAGUUCAGGAGUGGAAAAGACAAAAGCAACAAGGAAAUUCCACUCGACGCCCUCGGCGCCAAUCUAUUCCUACUUCCUACAAUACUCGGCAACAACGGAGAGCGACAGUUACAUUUCCGUACUGGGAUCGCCAUACGCAGACAUUGGAGCCGGGCACCUUCUGCCGAGCCUGCACCUAUCACUGGGAGGAUGGAAAUGCAAAUGACUGGAGAUUCAUGCAGACCAUAGGGGAUCUACAUCCUCCUAGCCGGGAGGCCUAUUUUCGGGCUUUUCUGGAGGCUGAACUACCCCAACAUUUUCUACAUUGUGCAGCAGAACCUAGGAGAGAAGGAACCGAUUUUGUAGUAACACCGAAGAAGAUCAUUGCUGGACGAGAUUGUGAACAGCAGAACACAGUGCUAAAGUGUAAAUCUUGGUGGAUUGCAGAAGUAUAUACGUAG